UAGUCCUUGCAGCGUGCGCGAAGAGCUUGUCAGUCCUCUCUACGCUGUGAGCGCGUUCGGAAAACUCACCGGUUGGUUUUCCCGGCUGAAUCACUUCGAAAUUUUCUCGUUUCGUGAGUUGAAUUUUAGAAUGUUGGUUUUGGUGUUUUCUUAGGCUUUUUAGAACUUUAAAUGACUUUCGAGAAGAUGAAGGAAGUGUGAAUUAUUUGGUGAUCUGAAUCGUGUUAGUUUGUAUAAUAGUGCAGGUUAAUUGUUUCAAGCAGAAUGACUGAAGAUUCGGGACCUAGUCAACCUCCAGAAACACAGGGUGAUGCGGCCAAUGUGAAACCAAGCGAAAACAACGGCGAUUCCCUCAGUUCACAAAGCUUCAAUUAUUGCAGGGUGUUCAAGAAAUCCUCACUGAACGCCAGAAUCACGCUCUACUUGAGCUCAAGGGACCUCGUUGUGUCAAAUGGCAAGAUUGACCGUCUUCAGGGAGUUAUUUUGGUCGAUCCUGAAUUCGUGGAAAACCGCAAGAUCUAUGGACAGAUCACACUCACAUUUCGCUAUGGCAGGGAGGACGAGGAGGUUAUGGGGUUGAAAUUUUGCAACGAGGCCAUUAUGUGCGUGGCCCAGCUCUACCCGCCUCUUCCCAAUUCUCAACCGGAGGGCAACACACCCCUGCAGGAUGCGUUACUGAAACGCCUAGGACCUAAUGCUUACCCAUUUAGCAUGGAAAUAACCCACUUAGCACCACCGAGUGUUCAGCUUGUACCUGCCAAGGAAUACAAUGGAGCGGCAAUAGGUACCAGUUAUGAUGUCAGAGCUUACAUGGCUGAAAAGGAGGAUGAGAAGUUCCACAAACGAGCCACUGUCCGCAUGGGUAUAAGGGUGGUGCAGAGAGCCUUUGCGCCACCCUCGCCAUACCAAUACGUGCCAGGAGGGUUGCAGAAGACCAACAGAGACAGAGCGAAGGAGCAUCGAAAGGCUCUGCUUGGGGGAGGUUUGGAGGUUAAGUUCGCGUCACGAGAAUCUCCACGUGUUUCUCCAAGCGAGGAGGAGGAAGACCAGGAAGAGAAAGAGGUUGCCCAAGAAGACGAUAGGUUGAUGCAGAAGGAGCAGAUGAACCAAGAUCCAGAACAACGCACCAAGAGGGAACACUCUCCGGAUCAUCCCAGACAUAAUGUGACCUUCAAACACCUGACGAACGGCGGGCGGCAACAGGAUCUUCUGGACCCAGAAUGUUCGGAAAAACCGCCCGACGAUAGAGAAAAGGACGUUUCACCCACGCAAAACCUCCAACAGGGCGACUGUGACCUGACCCAAAUGGUGGAAGAGCACGAGAAUCCUUUGCUCCACUACCGUUCAAUCUGCGGCAGCAAACGACCAAGUCUGGCGGCCUAUUUGGCGGGAGUCCCCGCUCCCCGCGCGGCAGUCGAGAAGCCUUUCCUUCUGAGCGAAGGACGGGUCCAUCUUACAGCAUCCCUCAACAAGGGGAUCUACUCUCAUGGCGAGGAGAUCUGCGUCAACGUCCACGUCAGGAACGGAAGCAGCAAGACGGUUAGGAGAAUAAAGGUCUUCGUGGUUCAACACGUGGACGUCUGCAUGUUCUCCAACGGCAAGUUCAAGAACGUCGUCGCCAUGGUCAACUCCAAAGACGACCUACCCAUCCAACCUGGUGGCGUGUUCGACAAAUCCUUCACCCUGCUACCGGUGAAGAGCUCCACCAAGAACUGGAUAGCUCUGGAGGACUCCUACACCAAGAGCGGCACCAGCCUCUCCUCCACUGUCACCUGCACCGGAGACGGUCCCGAAGAUCGCAACGUCUUCGCCAUCUACGUAUCCUACUACGUCAAGGUCAAGCUGGUGGUGAGCGUCAUGGGCGGCCAGGUGAACCUCAAGCUGCCCUUCACCCUGAUGCACACCUGCUCCGACCUGGACCACACCGAGAACCUCUGCAGGGUCAACGGUCCCCAGGACGUGGAGCUCGAACUGCGUGCGCCAUCUAUACCGCGGGUGGUGAAGCAAGAGAAGGACGGGACGUGAGAUCAGGUGGUGGUCGAGAUAAAUCACGGUGGCACGGAGGAGAAGAGGCCUCAAAACGAUUGCGCCGCGUCUAGAGCUGAAGGAAAAGCGCAGAAGGAAAAUUCGGCUCGGUUCGAUGAGAUCUUACCGGCCAACAGACUGGAUGGGGCGACUGUGGAGGUUAAACGUGGCGAAGAUACAGUAACAGACGAUGAAACGGACGAUAAGGGUAGGAGGUUCAGCAUACAACGUGCGUGGUGUUGUCUUAGGAAGAGGAGGACAUCUUAACGUUCAGUGCGUUGUUUAGUAGUCCUAAGUGAAUUUGUUAGGACUGAAACCACAGGGGUAAAGAAUAGAUUCGGAUGUUUUUCUUUAGAUGCAGUUUUUGUCAGGAAUUGGACAGUGUUGGUCCCAAAUUGAGCUGUGAUAACAAUUCCUAUUCGAAAUUUAAACAUCUUCAAUGGAUAUAUCAAACUUUUCCCAACCUAAAAUACGUAAUUAGGAUUUUAUUUGGAUGUUUGAAAUAUAAGAAUUUAUAUCAUGUCAGAAUCACUCUCAGUAAAUCCACUAAUUCAUUAAUUUUGAUAGAGUAUUUCCCAACCAGAUAUUGAUAGUGUUACUAAGACUAUAUCAUAAAUGCCAACCGACCAGAUAGAUGGGCAUAUCAAAUUUUCAACUUUCAUACAGUUUAGAUGUAAAUUUAGAUAUUUAUAUCUUCUGAAAUAGGGACCGACACUUUAGCAAAUUUUCAUGCAGAACGGCAUCUAAGAAAUAAGAGCAAACUUUUAUUUGGUUCUAAGGUGAAGCCUCGCACCAUCAUUGUUGAUUAUAUGCACGUUUAGAAAUUCUAUACAUUCUCGAGAUAGUUGAAAAAUGCCAAUAAUGAUAAAAUAGCUCAACCUAAAAUGAAACCGUAUUCGAACAAGGUUAUUUUAUCGAUUAUACAAUCCUAGAGAUGUUGUGUUGAGGGUAUCCCAUGUAUGUGUUCAACAUUUGAGAAUAUUUGCUUUACAAUUUGAAUUACUUAUGUUGGUGAUGUGAAUUGUUUUACAGAGUUAUUUGUACAGUUCCUAUUUAUUAUAUUUCUCAAUUCAUUCCAUUUAAUAUUUAAAACUCUGUAUUUCACAGGUGAAAUGAUGAAACGUAUUGUAAAGAGUUUGUAACCAAAAGAAAACUCUACUCAAAAAAACACAAUACUAAUUAUUUUCUAAAGCAACAAGUGGUUGACAUCAGAUUGGACAAUGGUUGCAUAGUUUGGAAAAAACUUGUAUGCUUGCAGUCUGAAAUUCAAAAAAACGGCAAGUGCUGCCUCAGAUUUAAAAUACCAAAUCAUGACAGUAGUUAGUGAGAAGGACAGUUCUCGAUGAUGAUAUUAUUAUAAAAGCUUUUUCAAUGUGUAACAAAAGAUAACCCCCUAACUAUUGAAUUGGACUAACUUAGUAUUUAUUCAAAUAUGCAAAUCCCAAAAAAUGUGCCUAAUGUUAUAUAAACGAAGAGAUAUUUAACCCAAGAUUGUAUAUUAAACGAAAGCAGGUUGACUGAUGGUUACACUUCAGAGGUAAUGAGAAAAAUCAAAAUAACACGAAUUUGAUCGUGUAAGAUGAAACAAAUCCAUUUCAAAAAAUGCACUGACUAAAUAAGUUAUAUGAAUAAAUAUACCUGUUACAAUUGUAAAUAUUCUGUACUAAUUCCGAUCGACUUCAACUAACAGUGCGAAAUUAUAUCAAUCUAGAAAACGAAAUCUAUGUUGAAUUGAAGUUAGUCUAAAUCUAAUUGGAAACUCUUUGUACAUCUAUUCCUGUAACAAAAUAAAUGUUGGCAUGAUGGAAUAAUUAGAA